AUGGAAGGUGAUUUGCUGGCCUUGCCACAUAACGCCAGCUGCCAGGUGGCCAACCCCGAGGCAUGCUGGAAGACCAGUCUUCGAAGGCAAUUUCUGACGCAGACACAAGGCACCUCGCCCUCCUUCACGCGUGCGGCUGCUGUUGUGAAUCCUGGCGGAACCAGGUCCUGGACAGGGAACUCUACCAAGGGCUUGACUCGGGAAACGACCUACAUCGAGCCUUUUGGAGACUUGUCCACCAUCAAGCUGCUGGGAUGGUCCCGGAUGGAGAAGGACAUGGGCAUCAUGCGGGAUGUUGCAGGCAUCUCCUCCGCCGUGGUGCAGGGCUUGAACCCCAAUAAGCAGUACAAGUGGUCUAUCAAGCAGACCCCCAACACCAAUGAAGUGAACAACAAGCUUACAGUGAACCACGGCAGUCAGAUGACCUUGACCCAGAGUGACCGGCGUCGCAGGCGGCGGCGGCGUUACCUUAGUCCUUCCUCCUGGAGCCAGGAGGGCACUGUGGCGUCGACGCCGCGUGGUGAGAUUAUUAUGGAGUUUGAGGCCAUCGACUACCCGCUGAACUCUUUCGUAGAGAAAAGCGGCGCAUCAAGAAGAAGAGAUGGCGUCGCCUCGUCAAGCUGCCGAAGGAGGUACACGAUCACGCAUUGCUCGUGCAUCGCCGAUAGUGGGGUCUGCACGGGCUCCAAGGUGUCUGGCUCCACGUGCUAUGCGUACGGCACCACGGAUGUCCACGGCACCACAGGCAAGUCAGCCUCGGUGCGGUCCCAGUCACAGUGCAUGUCCAUGACCUUCAUGAAGUCCUACCAGGUGAUCACUAGCGGUGGUCCCAGCUUCAGUUUCCUGGAGAGUGGAGUGAACGGAACAGUCGCAGAGGCAGAUGUGGCAGAUGAGGAUGACAGGGAGGUGAGUUUGGAUGCUGUGGGCACGGCCCGGGAGGAGGAUGAACAUGACGACAUCGAAGACGAAGUGGACGUGGCGGACGAAGACCACGAGGGCCUGGAUGAUGAGCACCUGGGCGAGCUUGACGAGCACAGCGAAGCCGAGAGCUCUGAUGCAGACAUGGCCGAAGAAGACGAGGUAGAUCAGGAGCUCCGAAACCAUUCGGAUGGCCAGCUUGCGCUUUUGGAGGAAGACUCCUCGGACAGCGGGGAAGUAUUUUCACGCAGGCGCCGCAGACGCCGCAGAAGACGCACCCGUCGUCGCCGCACCCGUCGCAGACGCUCCCGCCGCAGACGCUCCAGGCGCAGACGCACUCUGCCCAGCUCAGUGUCCGCCUCCUGCCCCUCAGGUCAUCGUGUGCUGUCCUGCACGUGUUAUCCCGACAGUUUCACAGAGAAGGACCACACCUGGACAAUCACGCACCACUGCAAGGAGGUUUGGCUCAGUGGGGAGAAGUGCUACGCCAAGGGUGGUUAUGCCCAGGCAAUUUGUGCUGAGAUCCCGGAGCCAGCAGCGCGAAGUUGGGGCACAGUCACGAAGAGCGGCAGCUAUGCGUCCAAUCAAGACUCGGGGCCUACCGCCCAGUGCUCCAGUGACAAGGUCAUGACGGGCUGCUGGUGCAAGAGCACUAGCGGCGCUGGGGAUGGCUGUGCCCGAGUUUGGGUCGACAGCGCCAGUAACAAAUGCUACGGAAGGUCCUAUGUCAUGUGCGUCUCAGUGACCGAGGAGGCCGGCCUCUCGGUUGCCAAGCGACGUUUGUGCAGGUCUUUGCUCUUGGUCAGGUCACAAGCGCCCUCCUGGCGUAUGGCUGAGGCCAUAGAUGUCAGUCGCCGAGCUGUGGCCUCAAGGCUGAGCAGGACCCUCACCACCUGGCAAAGUGAGCUCACGCGCGAGAAGAAGCAUGUGUACUGCUUGCCAGGCUUUGCCUUCUUUUUGGCAGCCCGGGCUGACUGCCUCUUUUUCUUGGGCGACUUCUUCUCGGACUUGGGGGUCUUGGGCAAGAACGGCCUGCCCAGCAUGGAUUUGUGGCAGCAAGGCUGCGCUUCCCACUGCCUGCCUUACCAAGCGCUUCCAGAGCCCUUGGCACACGUGCUUCCGCAGCCGAAUGUGAAGAGUAUGGGCCUGGUCUGGAUGUCGGUGAGCUUGACAGCGCUUUCGAACUUGUCCUUGCAUUGCUGCAUCUUCGUGAUGCGCUUGACAAGGCAUGCCCUGAGGCCGGACCUGGACAUUCUUGACGACGGUCUGACGCCAAAAGCAUUGCUGGGUGGCUUCAUGGACGCCACCGGGGGCGCGCUCAACAAGCAGGUGCGGGUUCUGCACGUUCAGAUGGAAGAGAGCAGCUACUUCCAGCGGUACGAGAAAGUUGAUGGAGCAAUUCUAUUGAUAGCGAGUCGCACUUGGAAGUGUGACCCUGUGCUGGACACGUUGGUCAAAAAGGUAGUGAUGAACAAAGGCAGCAUCGUCCAGCUGAUCCACCACAGCGACGUUGUGCGGGUGAAGUAUGCGCAGGAGGUGCGCGCCAUGCAGCACAACCCGAUGUGGAAGCAGAACUCGUCCAAGUUCAGCGCCGCCAAACACCGCUGGGCGACCCCCUUUGCCAAGUUGUGCCUGACAAUGGAAGCUGUUCUAUCAAUAGCGCAGUCCCUACAUGAUGAAAGAAAACAAGAAAGGGUAGGCGCUGCAGCAAAGGAGUUUCUGAUGCUUGCCACGGAGGAGAACUUGGUGCUUUUGGGCAUGCUAGCUGACGCUGGAGAAGAAAAUCUUCAGCUGGUGCGUUUUCUGGACAGCGAGACGACCGGCUUCACGCAGCACGUGCUGCAGCUGCUGUCAACGCAGCGGGUGCUGUAUGUGGAUCGCCAGCCCCGGCGGCUCGGCGGUGCGCCGCAGCAUCAGAUGGCUCAGACAGUUGCGUCCUGCUUGCAGCGCUUCAAGGCAUGGACCGCUUUGGCCAAAGACGUUGUGUCGGCGGAGUUCCCGUGCGUCGAGGCCUUGCAGACUUUCAGCAUCUUCCAUCUACGGCCUUUGGCUGAACAACAGCGCUUCAUGACUGCGGGGGAGGAGCGCGCCGACAUAGCCACAAAGGUGCACGAGCUCGCUGUGCUGCUGGGCGUGCCGGAGUGGUUCACGAAACAUCCAGUUAUGAAGCAAGGUAGCCAGGCCACUGUGAAGAGGAACUUCACGGGAGGAGGAGCAAGCUGGCUCAGAGGCGUCACCUGUGUGGAGCCCAAGCCAAUCCAUGCUGGUCCGCGGUUCCGCGCUGUUCCGCGCUGUUCCGCGCUGUUCCGCGCUGAUCCGCGCUGUUCCGCGCUGAUCCGCGCUGUUCCGCGCUCUUCCGCGCUCUUCCGCGCUCUUCCGCGCUCUUCCGCGCUCUUCCGCGCUCUUCCGCGCUCUUCCGCGCUCUUCCGCGCUCUUCCGCGCUCUUCCGCGCUCUUCCGCCCUCUUCCGCGCUGUUCCGCGCUCUUCCGCGCUGUUCCCUUCCGCACGCUUCCGCGCUCUUCCGCGCUCUUCCGCGCUGUUCUGCGCUCUUCCGCGCUGUUCCCCGCUGUUCCGCGCUGUUCCGCGCUGUUCCGCGCUGUUCCGCGCUGUUCCGCGCUCUUCCGCGCUCUUCCGCGCUCUUCCGCGCUCUUCCGCGCUCUUCCACGCUGUUCCGCGCUGUUCCGCGCUCUUCCGCGCUCUUCCGUGCUCUUCCGCGCUCUCCCGCGCUCUCCCGCGCUCUCCCGCGCUCUCCCGCGCUCUCCCGCGCUCUCCCGCGCUCUCCCGCGCUCUGCCGCGCUCUUCCGAAUUCCGCGCUCUUCCGCGCUCUUCCGCGCUCUUCCGCGCUCUUCCGCGCUUUUCCGCACUGUUCCGCGCUGUUCCGCGCUGUUCCGCGCUGUUCCGCGCUGUUCCGCGCUGUUCCGCGCUGUUCCGCGCUGCUCCGCGCUGCUCCGCGCUGUUCCGCGCUGUUCCGCGCUGUUCCGCGCUAACAGCGCGGAACAGCGCGGAACAGCGCGGAACAGCGCGGAACAGCGCGGAACAGCGCGGAACAGCGCGGAACAGCGCGGAACAGCGCGGAAGAGCGCGGAAGAGCGCGGAAGAGCGCAAAAGAGCGCGGAAGAGCGCGGAAGAGCGCGGGAGAGCGCGGGAGAGCGCGGGAGAGCGCGGAAGAGCGCGGAAGAGCGCGGAAGAGCGCGGAAGAGCGCGGAAGAGCGCGGAACAGCGCGGAACAGCGCGAAACAGCGCGGAACAGCGCGGAACAGCGCGGAACAGCGCGGAACAGCGCGGAACAGCGCGGAACAGCGCGGAACAGCGCGGAAGAGCGCGGAAGAGCGCGGAAGAGCGCGGAAGAGCGCGGAAGAGGGCGGAACAGCGCGGAACAGCGUGGAACAGCGCGGAACAGUGCGGAGCAGCGCGGAGCAGCGCGGAGCAGCGCGGAGCAGCGCGGAACAGCGCGGAACAGCGCGGAACAGCGCGGAACAGCGCGCGGAACAGAACAGCGCGGAUCAGCGCAGAUCAGCAGGGAUCACCCCGGAUCAGCGCGGAUCGAUCAGCGCGGAAGCGCGGAUCAGCGCGGAACAGCGCAGGCAGAUCGAUCGGCGUGCCUUCGCUGGAGAUGCCACGGCGAGGCAGAGCUGCCGCUCCAGUCCCUGA